AAUCUACAUUUGAAUAUAAUCUUAUGUGAUAUUUUCCGGUUUUGUCCGAAAGUAAACAUUUCGGUAUAUUUCGCAAGGUCUGACAGAUCUUCUUUGUAAACAGUGAUAUUUAUAUCGACGAGCUUGUAACAUUUCGUUAGAUUCAAGGAUGUCAGGUAAACCUUACCCAACUCAAAACCCCCCAUACCCAGUACAGCAAACAACCGCACAGUUCGCCUAUCCCCAGUCUCAGGCCCAGCCAUGGCAACCUACAGCCCCACCAAUGUAUGGAGCUCCUAGUGACCCCCCUCCCCCUUACAGCUACCAGGCCCCACCUCAGCAGCAGCCCAUGCCAAACUACCAGGCGUACCCGACCCAGGUUCAGAACGUACAGAUGUACACUCAAGGUCCGAUGAUGGCUAGUGGAGGACUUGCUACAGCUUCAUUCGACUCUGCAGCAAGAUUUGAUGGCAUCUCGCAACCAAGAAUUCCGCCUCCACCCCCAGGGUACAUGCCAACAGCUGCUCAGCAGGCGGUGAUGCAGGGACGUCCAGUUGUGGCCACCCAGCAGAAGGCUGGGUGGUUCUCAGGAAGCGGGGGCGGGUACACAUGGGGAGGACUAUAGAGCCACCAACAGACAAUCAAACAAUCGGACGGAUGUAGAUAUAGAGAAGUUUGGGAUGCCUAUCUCACACUGGAGAAUUUAUUUCUUAGAUUGUCUUUCAGCCCUCCUAGCCUCUUAUAGAGACUUGUGUUAUAAGGUCUGGUGAUUGUUGUUUGUAAUUGGGCACUUUACACUUUAUUCUUGUUCAUGCUCUCUUUUGAAGUUUCUUCAUCAUCAUUAAAAUGACAUAAUUUUUUUUCUUUUGGAAAAUUGUUUCUAAAUUAUCGAUCAAUUUUGUUAUCUUUUUAACAUGUUGAAUUUUUUUUUACAUACGUAUAAUUUUAUAUUAAAUGAUGUUGAUAUGUAAUAUAUGUAUAUAUAGUUUCAUUUUAUAUAGUUGUUUUUUACUUCUGAAUAAAAUGUUAUCAAGAACUAA